AUGGCGUCGAACCGCCCAGCGGCUUUCAACACCCUCCGGAUGGGAGAAGUUAUCCGUGAGAAGGUACAGGACGGCGUCACAGGAGAGACGCGGGAGAUUCAGUACACCCAAUGCAAGAUUGUCGGCAAUGGCUCGUUUGGUGUCGUCUUCCAGACCAAGCUGUCACCUUCCAACGAAGAUGCCGCCAUCAAGCGCGUUCUCCAGGACAAGCGCUUCAAGAACCGCGAACUUCAAAUCAUGCGGAUUGUUCGCCACCCCAACAUUGUCCAGCUCAAGGCCUUCUACUACUCGAAUGGCGAACGUAAAGAUGAGGUGUACCUCAACCUGGUGCAAGAGUUUGUGCCAGAGACCGUUUACCGAGCUUCGAGGUUCUUCAACAAGAUGAAGACCACUAUGCCGAUCCUGGAAGUCAAGCUCUACACCUACCAGCUAUUCAGGGCUUUGGCAUAUAUCCACUCUCAAGGAAUCUGCCAUCGCGAUAUCAAGCCGCAGAACCUCCUGCUUGAUCCUACUACCGGUGUACUCAAGCUGUGCGACUUUGGCAGUGCAAAGAUUCUGGUGGAGAACGAGCCCAAUGUGUCCUAUAUCUGCUCGCGGUAUUACCGUGCACCUGAAUUGAUCUUCGGUGCUACCAAUUACACAACCAAGAUCGAUGUCUGGUCUACUGGAUGCGUAAUGGCCGAGCUCAUGCUUGGACAGCCCCUCUUCCCUGGAGAGUCUGGCAUUGACCAGCUGGUGGAGAUCAUCAAGGUCCUCGGAACACCUACUCGGGAGCAAAUUCGAACCAUGAACCCGAACUAUAUGGAACACAAGUUCCCUCAGAUCAAGCCUCAUCCGUUCAACAAGGUUUUCAAGAAGGCCGACGCUGAUGCUAUCGACCUCAUCGCCCUCCUUCUUGAGUAUACCCCCACCGAGCGUCUGGCGGCGAUCGAUGCCAUGGUCCAUCCCUUCUUCGAUGAACUCCGGGACCCCAGCACCAGACUUCCUGACUCGAGGCACAACUCUGGAACCGUCAGGGAUCUGCCACCGCUCUUUGACUUCACCCGUCAUGAGCUAUCCAUCGCCCCUCAGCUCAACCACAAGCUUGUUCCUUCGCACAUGAGGCCGGUUCUCGCGUCGAGAGGACUCGAUAUCGACAACUUCACUCCUAUGAACAAGUCGGAGAUGAUGGCGAAGUUAGACUGA